AUGAGUCAACUUCUCGAAAGUGAGAGCGAUGCCGGGUCUUCCAGCAACGUGGAAAGCUCGAUUUCGCAAGAACGCCAAUUCAGCAUGCAAGAUGAACUAGAACAAUAUGCCAAAAAACUAGAUUAUCUGGGCCUGGACAAUGAUUCGGAAGCGUUGAAAGAUAACUCAACAAGCUCCGGGGAUCUUCAAGAAAGCAACGGCAACAUAAGGGCUAAUUCCGUACCGACAAACAGAGCUCCAAUGACCACAUCUCGGAUACUGACACAUCUUACUCCGGCAGGGGACGCAGCGAUCAAGCACGUGAUCACCAAGGAACACGACCAAUUGCCCAUAAAAGUACACAUAAAGUUCCAGCCCAUAGGUUCCGUGCUGCAAGUCUCACCGCAGACUGCUCAAAUCUCUUCUUCCCAGCCGUUUUCCGUACUGGUCACUUAUUUGAAGAAAAAAUUGAAACUGGCCUCUGUGUAUUGCUACGUGAACAAUUCGUUUUCUCCUGCACCGCAGCAGGCCAUCGGAGAUCUGUGGUUGCAUUUCAAGGUUAAGGACGAGUUAAUUGUGAAUUAUUGCAAGGGAGUUGCGUUUGGCUGA